CCGUGACGAUAUCUGCUUCUGUCAUAGCAGGUCAAACGCGGCCCGAUGGUGCCAAUUUUCGCCGUUUGAAUGACUGUGUGACGCGAAUGGUUCUUGGAAAGUGUGUAGGAUAUACCGUCUGCUGAUCGAUCACCAAACUCGUUGAUUUUUUUUCUUCUCGGAUUGGGGAUAAUUGCUAUUCGCUGCCACCGAUUCAGUGCUAGUGUACGGAGAAACAGUCAAAAUGGCGGACCUCGAAGCUGUGUUAGCUGACGUUAGCUAUCUUAUGGCUAUGGAGAAGAGCAAGUCUACUCCAGCAGCUAGAGCAAGUAAAAAGAUAGUACUUCCGGAUCCAAGCGUUCGCAGUGUCAUGUAUAAAUAUCUCGAGGAAAGGGGUGAAAUAACCUUUGACAAGAUUUUCAAUCAAAAAAUCGGAUAUUUACUUUUCAAGGACUACUGCACUAAUGUGAUCGAUGAACCAGUUCCACAACUUCAAUUCUAUGAGGAGAACAUAACAACAUGGGUUGUAUGGAGCUUCUCUAUUUAUUAUGUGGUAUGA